AUGGCCCCCAAAAGAAAAUAUACGCCAGAACAAAUGCGUCGUGCCAUAGAGGCGGUGAAGAGAGGAGAAGCAGUGAGUGCAUCAGCAUCUAAAUAUGGUAUACCUCGUAUCACGCUUAGAAAUAAGAUAACGGGGAUAAGCCCUGCGGUUUGUUCAAUGGGCCCAGCUACAAUUCUAACGGUUCAAGAAGAGCAAAUAUUAGUACAAUGGCUAUUUGCACUAGCCGAUCGUCAUUUUCCUAUAUCACGAAAACAGUUACUGGACGAUGUCCAACAAAUAAUAAUCAAUGACAACAGGAAAACACCUUUUACUAACAAUCGCCCUGGAAAGAUGUGGUACCAAGCAUUUCUUAAAAGACAUCCUGAGAUUUCGGAACGAACUGCACAAAAUCUAAUAACAUCACGUGAAAAUGUCACUGAACAACAAAUGAAAUCUUGGUUUACUGAGAUCUAA